AGGUAUCGUCAGACACGUUUUAGUUCUCGGCGUGUACGAAAACGUGUGAUAUUCAAACAUGGUGACUGUAAUGUGGUACAAGGAAAUGUGGCCAAAAGAAGACGAAGAUAUCUACAGGACAUUUUCACCACCCUCGUCGACGCCCAAUGGCGUUGGACCCUCAUGGUGUUCGCCUUCAGUUUUCUCAUAUCCUGGGCAUUUUUCGGUCUCAUCUGGUGGACGAUAGCCUAUGCACACGGUGAUCUCGAAUGGAUACAAAUGCGCGAUCAGCAACCUGAAUUAAUACAAAAUAUGACACACACUAUGUGUGUGACCGAAGUACGUUCAUUCAUAUCAGCAUUUCUAUAUUCGAUUGAGACUCAACACACAAUCGGUUACGGUAAUCGUUUCAUAACCGAAGAGUGUCCCGAGGCGAUAUUCACAAUAUGUCUUCAAUGUAUAACGGGUGUAUUUAUACAAGCAUUUAUGGUGGGCAUUGUCUUUGCCAAACUAUCGCGGCCGAAAAAACGUGCCCAAACUCUAUUAUUCUCACGCAAUGCGGUGAUAUGUCAUCGGGAUGGUGUGCCGUGUUUGAUGUUUCGUGUGGGCGAUAUGCGUAAGUCUCAUAUAAUUGAGGCUCAUGUGAGAGCACAGAUAAUAAGGAAGAAGGUCACUAAAGAAGGUGAAAUUUUACCCUUUUAUCAACAAGAACUUACAGUGGGUGCCGAUGGUGGUGAAGAUCGUUUAAUGUUUAUUUGGCCAACUACUAUAGUGCACAAAAUAGAUCGUCAUAGUCCUUUGUAUAUGUUGUCAGCGUCCGAUAUGUUAAAGGAAAGAUUUGAGGUGGUUUGCAUGCUGGAGGGUGUUAUUGAGUCCACUGGCAUGACCACUCAGGCUCGCAGCAGUUUCUUGCCUUCGGAAAUCUUAUGGGGUCAUCGUUUUGUAAACGUUGUUUCAUUCCGCAAAGAAACCGGAGAAUACGAAGUCGACUAUACUUUAUUCAAUAAUACCUAUGAUGUGGAUACACCUUUGUGCUCAGCCAAAGAAUUAGAUGAUCUUAAAGAAGAAUAUACCAAAAAUAAUAAAGCAGGUUUAGAUCGCGCUUUAUCCGUAGGCUUAAUAAAACACAUUUCUUCCGCUGCCUCUGUGGAUCAUUUGGAUCCGGCUAGUGAUGAAUCUUUAGAUUCUGGCCGCCUACAUAUACGCUCAAAUUCCAUUCCAAAUGGUGCUUUGGCAGCUGAACUAGAACCAUUAAAUAAUAAUAAACCCUCAUUUGCGGUGGGUGGUUCAACCAUUAUACCAACCAUAACCACAAAUUUCCAAAGUAUUAAUGAGUUAAAUAAUUCCAAUACAAAUUUAACAUCGCUAUCCAAAAAUAAUAACAACAAUAAUAACAAUAAUAAUAAUAGCACAAACAAUGUACACAGUAGUAAUAGUAGUCUAAAGAAAUCCACCAAUUCCCGACGUCUUUCCAUAAAACAAGAUCAGCUUCCUUUAGAUUCAUUAUGCUGAUAUUUAAGUAAAGUUUUAAAGAAAUUAUUUUAAAAUUGAAAUUUCUAUUUGUAUUAUUUUUAUUAGUUUUUUGCCUUUUUGUUCGAAAUUAUUGUUUUCAAGUUGUUUGUCUUUUAUUUUUGGAUAUUUGUGCUGAAGAAGAAGGUGAUUUGAAAAACGAACUUUAAUCGGGAAAGUUUGAAAAGUCGGAUUUAAUUAAAACCAUACUUUGUUUUUAUUCUGAAAAGUUGUUUUUAGGCUAAACCCCAUUUUUUGCGAAGCGAAUUUAAUUCUAAAAGUAGUUUUUAUACAAAAAAAAACAGUUUUUAUACUAAAAACCAGUUUUUAUACUUAAAACCAGUUUUUAUACUUAAACCAGUUUUUAUACUAAAAACCAGUUUUUAUACUAAAAACCAGUUUUUAUACUAAAAACAAGUUUUUGUACUAAAAACCAGUUCUUAUACUUAAAACCAGUUUUUAUACGAAAAACCAGUUUUUAUACGAAAACCCAGUAUUUAUACUUAAAACCAGUUUUUAUACGAAAAACCAGUUCUUAUACGAAAAACCAGUUUUUAUACGAAAAACCAGUUUUUAUACGAAAAACCAGUUUUUAUACGAAAAACCAGUUUUUAUACGAAAAACCAGUUUUUAUACGAAAAACCAGUUUUUAUACAUAAAACCAGUUUUUAUACGAAAAACCAGUUUAUAUACUAAAAACCAGUUUUUAUUCGAAAAACCAGUUUUUACACUAUUCUAAAAACCAGCUUUUAUACAAAAAA